AUGAAUCCCGCUCUCUCCAAGUUUAUGCUCAAAAGUACACCCAAAAGUAUCCUCGACCCACAGCCCGAAAUGAACACUGCUAUCCCCCUCAACACUGGCGCGACCAUUCCCGCUCUGGGACUGGGAACGUGGCAGUCUGCGCCUGGCGAGGUCAAGAAGGCCGUUGUCCACGCUAUCGAGAGUGGUUACAGACACAUUGACUGUGCCUUCUGCUACCAGAACGAAGACGAGGUCGGCGAGGCGCUCCAGGAUGUCAUCUCGCGAGGAAUCGUGAAGAGGGAGGACCUGUUCAUUACCAGCAAGCUCUGGUGCACAUUCCACACCCGUGCUGAGGAGGGCAACCACCCCCUCUUCCCCAAGCACGAGGACGGUUCAAGAGACAUUGACACCUCAAUCACCCAUCAGGACACAUGGAAGAACCUCGAGAACCUGAUCAAGUCGCAUCCCGACAAGGUCAAGGCCAUUGGUGUCUCCAACUACUCUGUCAAGUAUAUGGAGAAGCUUUUGGCCAAGGCUACCAUCGUCCCCGCCGUCAACCAGAUCGAGAACCACCCACUGUGCCCACAACAAGAAGUUGUUGACUUCUGCAAGGAGAAGGGCAUUCACAUCACAGCCUACAGUCCGCUAGGAAGCACUGGCUCGCCUCUCUUCAAGGACGAGGUCGUCAACGAGGUCGCAAAGAAGCACAGCGUCACCCCUGCCGUCAUUCUCUUGAGCUACCACCUCGCCCGCAACUCCUCCGUCCUCGCAAAGUCUGUCACUCCAUCCCGCAUCGACGAGAACAAGAAGCUCAUCUCCCUCGAUGGCGAGGACAUGGAGAAGCUGGAGAAGAUUCACAAAGAGAAGGGCAUCACCCGCUGCGUAUACCCGCCGUUUGGUGUCAAUGCUGGAUUCCCGGAUAAGCCUGAGGGUAUGGAUCUCAGUGGACCUUGA